UCUCUCUCUCUCCCUCUCUCUUUCUCUCUCUCUCGCUCUCUCUCUCUCUCUCUCUCUCUCUCUCUCUCUCUCUCUCUCUCUCUCUCUCUCUCUCUCUCUAUAUAUAUAUAUAUAUAUGGGAUUAUCGAUCACUUAUUGGGAAUCUUGUAGAAGAAGCUGGUUAUUAUACGUAAAUCAAGAAGAAUGGAGGGUCUUGUCCUGUGCUCUGCAAACUACAUACCUUUGACACCUAUAAGCUUCUUAGAGCGAGCAGCCACCAUCUAUGGUGAUAAGGUUUCCAUGGUUUAUGGUGCUUGGAAAACUUCAUGGAAAGAAACACAUGAAAGAUGCAUCAAGCUUGCUUCUACUUUGGUCCACUUGGGGAUCUCUCCUGGUGAUAUUGUUACAGCUUUUGCGCCAAACAUUCCAGCAGUCUAUGAGCUGCAUUUUGGCAUUCCAAUGGCCGGGGCAAUUCUCUCUGCACUAAACACCAGAUUGGAUGCAACCAUGCUAGCAUUGUUAUUGGAACAAUUGGAGGCCAAAAUCAUUUUUGUAUACCAUGAGUUCAUUGAAGUUGUUCACGAAGCACUAAACAUUGUUUCCCAGAGAAGCAGAACAUCAUAUUAUGUUAGCAAGCCACCCCAACUUGUUGUAAUAGCAGAGUUUGAUCAAACACUUAAAAACACCCCAGCUGGUAGCCUGGAUUACAAUGGCCUUAUUGCAAUGGGAAAAGCAGAUUUUGAGCCUAUACGACCACACAAUGAAUGUGAUCCUAUUUCAGUGAAUUACACUUCUGGCUCAACAGGAAUUCCCAAAGGAGCAAUAUACAGCCACAGAGCUGCCUAUCUGAAUUCACUAGCAACAAUCUUCCACUGUGAUAUGAGACAAAUGCCGGUGUUUCUAUGGACCGUCGACAUGUUUCGCUGCAACGGAUGGUGCUUCGCUUGGGCAGUGGCGGCUCUUGGUGGCACCAAUAUCUUUCUUGGCACUGAUCUCUCAGCAAAACUUAUAUUUAACGCAAUUUUAACUCACAAGGUAACUCACUUGUGUGGUGCACCCGCCAUUUUGAAAAUAAUCGCGGAUGCACCAACAAGUGACUGGUGGCCAAUACCGUCCACGGUGGACAUCAUUGUUGCGGGCACAUUACCGGCAGCCCAAGUCCUCAAGAAGGUUACCGAGCUAGGGUUUAACGUGAGCCAUGGAUAUGGUAUGACAGAGGCUCUUGGCCCAGCCAUUGUUGAACCUUUGCAAUACUCUUCAACCAUCGAUGAACAGACAAAAACAAUAAAACGCCGUGAAGGGAUCCACAACCUUAUAAUGGAUGGCGUGGACGUAAAAGAUCCCAACACCAUGAAGAGCAUAGCCUGUGACGGGAAAACAGUCGGCGAGGUGAUGUUCAAGGGAAAUACGAUGAUGUUGGGGUACCUUAAAAACACAAAAGCAACACAAGAAGCUUUCAAAGGUGGGUGGUAUCGAACCGGGGAUCUUGCAAUAAGACACGUAGAUGGUUGUAUACAAAUGAAAGAUCGUGCGAAGGAUAUUAUCAAUUCUUCUGGGGGAGAAGUUAUUAGCACGCUGGAGGUGGAGGCGGUGCUGCUUAGCCAUCCGAAGGUGAUGGAGGCUGCAGUUGUUGGGAGAGUGGGUGAUGAUAACGUGGGAGAGACGCCAUGUGCGUUUGUGAAGUUGAAGGAGGAGGGUUGCAGUGCAUGCAUGGCGAAGGAGAUUAUUGAGUUUUGUGGAGAUCGAUUGCCAAAUUAUAUGGUUCCUCAUAGUGUUGUUUUUGGGGAUUUGCCAAUCAAUUCAACUGGGAAGAUACAGAAAUUUGUUCUCAGGGAGAAGAUCAACGCUAUGGCUAUAGCUAAUUAACAAUUGUUAAUGCAGAAAUGGCAGCUUAAUUACGUUUA